CUAGUCGUCCAUGAUAAAAGAUUGAUUUAUGAAGUGCUUUCGAACUUCACUCAUAUCCCUAAUCCCUAAUUUGAUUGUUUCUGAGUGUGAGUGCUAAUGCUGUUUUCCAAUUGAUGAAGUAUGGAAUAUUUUUGAGAAGGGAAAGUUGAGCAUUAAUUUGUAUAUAGCCGCUCGUGUUUUUUUUUUUUUUUUCCUAUUUACAUCCGCUUUCUCUCUCAAAAAGGUUUCGCUUAUUCCUCCUCCUCUGUAUCUUUAAACAUUUUAUUUUUCUUUAUAAAUGCACACUCUGUCAUACACGUCGUUUAUUCGGCAAUCACUCGCCUCAGAUCUCUCCGUUCAGUGUGUUUCUGAAUGAGAUAAUUGUAAUUGAAACCUAGAUGCCUGCUACAAAGCUCUGCUCAAGUGGAACUCUCAAUGCAAUGAAAUCAGAAGUAGGGAAUGAUUCCCUAGAUACCUUCAUCAGACAAGCCGUAGGAAAGGAGCCUCUUCUCCCUUUCCCAAGGACUGUGGAUAGUUCAGUUCCGUGGAUUCAAUUGUUUCAGGCCUUAGAUCAACCAGAUCUCCCUAGUUGGCCCUUGCUGACCCCUGUGAAAGUUCAGAUGCAAAGGUGCAAGAAGUGUUCCCGGGAGUUCUGUUCUCCAAUAAACUACAGAAGACAUAUUCGGGUGCACCGCCGCUCCUUAAAUAUCAACAAGGAAUGGCACAAAAAUAGGGAUUUAUUAGCUGUAUUUUGGGAUAAGUUGUCAUUGGAGCGGGCUAAGGAAAUAGUGUCAUUUAAUGACAUAAUUCUUAAGGAUAUUCCUGGAUCAUCGGUAGUAAAAGCUCUGGCUUCCUCUCUCCGAAGACCAGGGGUUUGGUCUCUUCCGCAGGCUUAUGUGAAGGCUGGUGCUACACUGCUGGAUAUCAUCCAAGCUAAGCCUUCCAGAUUACCAAUAUCCUCACAAGAACUGUUUAGCAUCCUCGAUGAUGCCAGUGAGAGUACAUUUCUGUGUGCCGGUACAGCUGAGUCUCUGCAGAAGUAUGUUUUUGAUGGAGAAACUGCUAAAAAUAGCCUUGAGUUGAAGAACCUAGUAGCGCUUACUAGCUUCCUCUUUGAGCAGCAACUGGUCAAGGCAUGGGUCGCUGACAAAGAUGCAGAGGCUUUGAGAUGUCAGAAGCUACUUGUGGAGGAGGAGGAAGCUGAACAGAAAAGGCAAGUAGUGAUUCUGGAGAGGAAGAAACAGAAAAAGCUUCGUCAAAAGCAACAGAAGGUCAGGGAACAAUACUAUGGUUGCAGCAGAGAUUUGAAUGUCUAUGUUGAUGCUAUAGAUAGGCCUACUUCAGCCGAAGCAUCUGAUCUGUCAUCCCCAUCGGACCCAAACUCAAACUCAAAAGAGGUGCCUACAACCUCAGACUCUGUUCAACCCCAAAACAAAGAGUCAGAUGAAGAUAUAGGAGCACAGUUUGAUGCUAGAAGUGAACAUAAGAAACAUGGGGACUCUCCAGCUGUUGAGCUCCAGAUGGUCGUUGCAAAUGGUGUUCGGCAAGUAGCCACCAACUGCUUGCAAGCUCUAAAGUCACAAAGGGGAAGCCGGUAUGGUGCCCAUGCAAACUUGAAUCUUCGAACAUUGAAUCCUGAACUUAUGCACAAGUUUGGUCCAUCCAAAGACAGAAGUCUACAUAAUGGAAACAAAGUCUGGACCAAGAAACUCAAAACUAACAAUGGUGGGGAGAACCCAAGGCCUCCUUCUUUGCAAGACGUGAGCAGUCACCAUAUAGAACAAAAUGACGGUGAGGUGAUUAUUGGUUCUAUAUCUGUCAAACUGACAUGUUACUUUGAUCAGCAGCAAGCAAGUCACCCAAAUGAAAGACAAGAUACUUGUGGCACAGAGCAAGCUGUGCUUAAGAAGAAAACUGCUUCAGAAAAGCCUGCGAAAUCUAAUUCUCUUCAGUCCGGUACCAACCGAGUGGCUACAAGACUUUGGAGGCCGGUUAGCUGUGGUGAAUCAAAGAACGUGCCACCUGUUGGUAGAAGCAAUGGAGAUCCUGAAGAUAAUGCUACAUUGAGUAAGGUUCAUGACCAUACUUCCUCCAGUGAUAGAUCCGGGCAGUCAGAGUCCUUGGACAGUGAUGGUUGUCAUAAUGGGAAGCAAUCCCAUGUUGUCUCAGUUGAAAAUGCUCAACCAGGAUUGGUGCCCUUCUCCAUUGAAGCUGCAAAAGAGUUUUUCGCCAGGAGAUGGAAAGACGCUAUCUCUGGAGACCAUGUAAAAUUAGUGCUCUCAUCAGAGCACAAACCUCAUGGAUGCUCUGACAUUCAGCAUGCAUCGGAUCCUCCUAGAAGUAAAGCUCCUAACCAAGAUGAGAACCAGUUUGGCAGAACCGUUCAAGUUCAAGUUGCUAUAAAGCCGGAAAAGAGUGUGAAAUUCAAAUACAUACCAAAACAAAAGCUAUCGCGAAGGUAAAUUUGAUCAUUCGGAUUUUUUUUUUAGUUUAGGACGUUGCUCUCUAUUUCCGAGCAGAAGUUCCAGUUUUACAGUAAUCUUCUGUCGGAAAACGAAGGAAAUUUUCUUGAGGAAAUCGAUUUUUUAUUUUCAAGCAGUUGUGAGCUUGGGGAGUGGUAGAUUGUUUAGGCUUGAUGCUGGAUCUUGAAUAUUUGCUGCAUGCAUUUGUAAAGUAGGGGGUUUUUAGUUGUCCAUUAGGUAUUCUCUGUGUGAAUUACAAGCAUUUUGAGGAGAGUAUGUUUGAAUGGUGGCCAAAUUUUAGCUGAAAAUUAUACUUGAGUAGUUUUUAGUUAUUAAGAAUUGAACAUUCA